UACUUGGUUAGGUGGUUGGUUUAAGAUAUUUCCGACAGCAACUGAAGGCAGCACCGCUUGCUGCCAUCCAUGCAUCCAGUCCUGUCUGUGGUACCUGCUGGCUACUUAACUUAGCUAGCAGACUUACCUAUCAGUCACUUCUGUUCAGGAAUAACAGAAUGAACGAGAGACAAAAUGAUUUUAUUUUGUUUUCCGCUCGAUGUACAGUUGCGAUUUAAAAAAAAGAUGGAGACCAUUCAUUUGGUUUUAGUACUUUAGCUGUUAAGCGUUUUGCUGAGUCCAUUUUGCGUGUAACUGGAAGUGGAAAAGACAAAGAGAAAAGAGCUUUCCAAUACCUAGAAUGGUUUGGGCCUAAAAAGAAGACAAGAGCAACAUGAACCGUGAGGACCGGAAUGUGCUCCGAAUGAAAGAAAGAGAAAGGAGAAAUCAAGAAAUCCAGCAGGGAGGAGGAGAGGCCUUUCCAGCGAAUUCCCCUCUCUUUCCUGAACCCUACAAAGUGUCCAGCAAGGAAGAUAAACUGUCCAGCCGUAUUCAGAGCAUGCUGGGCAAUUACGACGAGAUGAAAGAGCCGAUUGGUGACACACUUCCAAAGCUUGGCGGUAAACCUUCUAACAGCUCGUCUUCCUCUGAGGAGAAAUCGGGCCCACCUUUAUUUGGCGGGGACCAGCGUGGUGUCGGUAGUGGUGGCAGCAGCCAGAGCAGUAAGUGGACUCCUGUCGGCCCCGCAGCGGGUGGAUCUUCAUCCGGGUCCCAGAAACGCUCAGGACUUCAAGGAGGGCACAGCAGCCAGAGGGGCAGCGGAGGCAGUAGCGGCAGCAGCAGUAGCCAAAGACACGGAGGGGAGGUGCGGGAAAAGAAGUCUAGUAAACACGGUGGAGGGUCAGAGCACUCAAAGUCACACACAUCAAGUCCGGCGAAGGGCUCUCUGAGUUCCUCCAGCAGCAACAGCCACUUGCGGAGCUCCUUGUCUGCCGAGCAGCAUCAUAGCAAGGAGCGCUACCGCUCCAAGUCCCCACGCGACAGAGAGGCCAACUGGGACUCGCCCUCGCGGGUUCACACCUCUUUCCCCAGUGGACAGCACUCAAGUCAGGCUUUUCCCCCAUCUCUCAUGUCCAAGCCCGGCUCCAUGCUGCAGAAGCCCACAGCUUAUGUGCGGCCUAUGGACGGCCAGGAAACGGCAGAACCCAAGAGCUCACAAGCAGAAAGCUACAGUGGACAGUCGCACAGCAGCACCAUGGGAGAGAUGAAGUCGAACAGCAAGACCUCACUUUCCAAACUCAAGAUCCCCUCACAGCCUGUAGAGGGAGCAGGCGAUGCCAACUGUGUCGAUGAGAUUCUGAAGGAAAUGACUCAGUCGUGGCCCCCACCGCUGACAGCCAUCCACACCCCCUGCAAAACAGAGCCCUCCAAGUUUCCUUUCCCGACCAAGGACUCUCACCCUUUUCCAAGUGGACACAAGCGAGGCAGUUCUUCAAAGAGCUCCAGCAGCCACCAGCCCAAAGCUUGUGAUGACCAGCCCACGAAUCUGGAAGAUGACCUGAAGCUAAGCAGCAGUGAGGACAGUGAUGGAGAACAGGACUCUGCCAAGAAUGCCUCAAGGAACACAUCAGCAAGCAAUAACAGUGAAGGAGCGGAUCAAUCGAGGGAUGACUCGAGCAGCCACAGCGGCUCAGAGAGCAGCUCAGGCUCCGACAGCGAGAGCGAAAGCAGCACCACAGACAGUGAAGCCAAUGAGCACCCGCGGCCUGCCUCUCCUGAACCUGAACAACCCAUGGCCAACAAGUGGCAGCUUGACAACUGGUUCAAGAAGGCCAAGCAGUUCUCACCAGCCUCUCCAGUGGACAAUAAUGUUCCAACCAAGUGCAAGAAAGAGGGCAGAGAUAACGGUUCAGGACGCGGCUAUGGUAGCCAGGGAGGGGGGUCAAAAGACUCGACGGCGCCCACCCCAAGCAGGGACCUACGGGCGGCACAAAAGGGUGCAGAGGGUGGUCGUGGCCGUCAAAAAUCCCCCGCCCAGAGUGAGGGAGGUACAAACGCGCGAAGGAGUGUGGGUAAAAAACAGCCUAAAAAGUCUGAGAAGCCCCCAGUAGUGGAGGAACCCAAGGGAGGUCUGCGAGUAGAGAGUGAGCCGGCUCCGGAGAUACCUCCUCAUCGGCCCAAAGCUGCUACUAAAGGUUCCCGCAAACCAAGCAUCAAAAAAGAACCUAAGUCUUCUCCGAGGCCCACUGCACCGGCUGUCACAAACACUGCAGAUAAACGCAAGGCCAAGGCACCCACCAAGACUUCCCAGAAGUCUCGUGAGUUUGUUGAUACAGACUCUUCAUCAUCAGACUCUGAGGGGAAUGACAGCAUCCCGUCCUCGUCGCAGACACCCAAGUACACAGAGAGUAUCAGGACCCCCGUGUGUGUGUUUUCUCCAAUGGAAGAGAAAGAGGUGUUGUCUCCACUCAGUGACCCAGAGGAGCGUUACCCUGCAAGGCAGCCUCAGCAGCAGGUUUUACUAGUGAAGAUAGAUCUCAGCUUGCUGUCUAGGAUCCCAGGGCGGCCCUACAAGGAGCCUGUAGAGAUAAAAGUGGAGAGGGACGACUCUCUAGACAGGGACAGCAAAGACUUCAGCAAGCAGACAACUGACAAGAGCUCUAGUAAAGCCAAGAGGAAACACAAGAAUGACGAAGAAGGCACCAAGCCAGAGAGUAAGCGAUGCAAGCUAGAGGAGAAGUCCCUAUCUCAUCAUAAAAACAGCAGUAAAGAAUCUAAGAGGUCUUUGGAGAAGAAAGAGGAGCCAGUCCCCUCUCCUUCCAUGUCAGGUCUUCAGCGGACGCCCAAGGCAGAGCAUCCGAGUCGAAAAAGGACAGUCAGCCAGUCCUCCACCUCUUUGUCCAGCGGGACAGGAAGUGGAAAGGAGGGAAGCCACAGCACCAAGGGUAACUCCACCUCCAAACACAGAAAAGGAGAGGACAAGGGACGCAGCACGCGUGAUGGCAAGGAGAAAUCCUCAAAGGGCUGUGAUAACCAGCUGGCUGUGCCUCCGCUCUCCACGGACGGCUCCAAGUCUCAGAGAUCCAAGCUGGUGUUUGAGGACAGGGUCCAUUCAGCAGAUCACUACUUACAAGAGGCCAAGAAACUUAAACACAAUGCAGAUGCACUGGUUUUGAGCAUGAUGUCCAAAAAAAACAAAAAACAAAACAUAAAAGCUUUUGUUACCGGGUCGCUGAAAGAUGAACAGAAGUUGGAUCGCUUCGAGAAAGCCGUUUACUACCUGGACGCUGUCGUAUCUUUCAUUGAAUGUGGUAAUGCGCUGGAGAAGAGCGCCCAAGAGGCAAAGUCUCCGUUCCCCAUGUAUGCUGAAACGGUGGAGCUUAUCAAAUACACUAUGAAGUUAAAAAGCUAUAUGGCCCCAGAUGCUACUUCAGCAGACAAGAGGCUAGCUGUGCUUUGCCUACGAUGCCAGUCUCUCCUCUACCUGCGGUUAUUCAAGCUGAGAAAAGACAGUGCACUAAAAUACUCCAAAACACUCACCGAACACUUAAAGAAUUCUCUGAGUAACACCCAGGCUCCCUCUCCUGGAAUGGGAAACAAGGCAGCGGGUAUGCCCUCCCCAGUGUCUCCCAAACUGUCACCUGGCACGGCCGGCGGCUACUCAUCAGUCAGCAGCAGCAGCAGCACCAGCUCGUCUGUGACCAUACCUCAGCGUAUCCACCAGAUGGCUGCCAGCUACGUCCAGGUCACCUCCAACUUCCUGUAUGCCACCGAGGUCUGGGACCAGGCUGAGCAACUAUCCAAGGAGCAGAAAGAGUUCUUCUUGGAGUUGGACAAGGUGAUGGGUCCUCUGAUCUUCAACACCAGCAGCAUGACAGAACUGGUGCGUUACACACGGCAGGGCCUCCAUUGGCUGCGCCUGGACGCAAAGCUUAUUCCCUAGCGAGGACUCACUCCCCUGCACGCUGCUUCCACACAUACACACACCUCAGCCUCUUGUCUUCAGCAACAUGUGCUCAAAGACACACAAGUAUGCCCUCACAGACAGACACACAUAUAUAAUUAUGUACUGUAUGCACACACACAGUCCACCUCUGGUCCUCCAUGUACACACACACACACACACGUGAGGAACUUCUCAGAUAAAUCUCCAACACUGUGUCCAUUUCCUACACCAGCUUGCCAAAAACACUGAGCAAUUUAGAGCAUCUCACACCGUCGGCCGCACCACACAGGGAGAAGCAUUGGAACUGCAGCACAGGAACAAAAAGCUUAUCGCCACGCUUCAUAUGUCGGCAUUCUUACAAAGUCUUUGAAGGCCAUGUUUUUAUCUUUUUGGCAUGGAAGCGCUGGGUGAAUUAUUUGUUAUAAAUAUGCUUAAAAAUGGGGUUUGGUUUUUAGGCUACUUUGGCUUUUAACUUUUUAUUUUACUUUGUUUCACCAAAGUACCUCCCAUAAACACCAAAGGUGCUUUAAAAUGAAGGUUUCUCUUUAUCAUUUCUGUGCCUUGUAUGUGAGCUACAGGAAAACAAACAGCCACCCAUCAUAUCUGAAUACAUUGUUUUUAUUUUCUCUUUUUUUUUUUUGCUGUAACUCAUUAAAUGCAUUUUUAAACAUUUAGAAGUUAAUGGAGGCUGGCAACGAUUGUUUUUUUUAUUGCAGUCUUUCAGUUUUAAGUCAAGUCCUGUCAACGCAUUUGACAUUUUAGAGUAAAGAUGGUGUUGGGCACCAUCUUCAUUUAUCUUUCCUUCAAAGUCUUUAGGCGCUAAAGGUUUAUCUGGAAGCAUGCCCACAUGUUUUAAGGAUGAGAGGAAGGGCUACUGUGCACAGCAGAUUAAUACUUGACACACAUAUUUAUAAAUGUCAGUGUAUUUCCCAGAAUCCUGAACUUCUUUGAGCCCUGCUAGAAAAUGUAAUUUUUUCAUUUUGUUCAAACCCAUUGCUCUGGUUUAAUGUAAGGAGUAGCAUGGCCUCUAGGGACCGCUAGCGGGGGCUUUUAGACUCUGAGCCUUAAUAAAAUUGAUCAUGUUAAUGUUCUCUUUAAGAGAUGUGCUGAAUUUGAAGCUCCAGAAAACAAGUCCCUUCCUAAGAAAUGUUUUUACACACUGUUCAUUGAGAAAUUUCCUCGAGGAUGAGUCACUUCCAGACAGUGUUAUUCUCUCUUUGAUCCCCUUGUUUGCUCAGAGUGUAUUUUUCUAAGGAACAGCAGGGAGUGUCUUAAGUAUUGAAAUCGUUUCCAUGUGUACAAUGCAGUUAUUUACAUUGCAGUUUAUAAAAGCUGGGCCCGAGUGGCCACUAAUUUGGCACAACAAAAGCAAAUUCAUCUGAACGGAAAGAUGUCCUUUAGAGAGGCAGUCGUCAGUGAUGCAGAUUAGCAGUGUUGGAUUUAUAGAACAAAGAGUUUUAAAUCUAUGAUUAUAUAUUUCAAAAAAGAAGUAUAACGGCCAAUAUAGAUUUUAUUUAUAUACCAAGCAGUUUUUUUUUCCCCUUCUUCUGGCCAAGCAUAAGCAUAAGUAUAACUUUUCAAAUGCAUACUUGUAAAACAGGGUUGAACAAGGGUUAUAAGAUGCAAAGUAUUUUGUAUAUGUAAUUGCUCCUAUUUAAAUUUUAAAAUACUUGUAUUACAAGACAGUAGCUAAGAAAUGUGUCAGCUAGUUGUUGUUAAUGUGGUUACAGCAGGCGGGGUAAAGACGACAGAGUAAUGGCGUAUGCCAGCUGUCCGGAUGUGAACAUUUACUGGAUGUCAUCAAGGGAAAUGUGGAUGGCAGUGGAUUUGAAUGAAGAUGUUAACAUUUCACCCAAGAUUUCAGUUGACAUUUGGGUGUUUGGUAAUGUUCAGUAACAAAGGACUGUCUUUUUUUUUUUUGCCCACUUCCUACUAAAAGAUGCUGGAAAUAUUAAAGCCUGGGCCAAAUAGUAUUCAUGCAAACUUUAAUUGGUUGGUUUUGUUUUAGUUAAUGGAAGAUGAGUUUGGACAAGAGGAAAGUGCCAAAAAGUUUAAGGCUUGUGAUAGUCUGUAACUUUCUGGCACUUUUCUUCUAUUUUCAAACAUAAAUUUGGUGUAUUUUCUGAGCUCAUCUUACACCUUUUUUAAUCUCAAAACAAAUCAAAUCUUAAGAAUUACUAUUUGGUCCAUGUUUGACCUUUAUUGUUGUGUUUGGUAUUUUCUUUCUUUCACUGGCUCCCUGGCCUUUAUUGUAGGAGGGGGAUACUGUUAUUUCCUCUUGCACUUGAAAAAGAGAAAGUCAGAGGAGGUAUUAUUUUAAUCUAUGCAGGAUUUUUAUAAAAAAAAAAAGGAUCUGUUUCUGUGGGAAAAAAAAUCAUUUUUAGGCUUGGGAUUUUUUUCCCCACUUUUUUUUCUGCCUCAGUGAGAAACCUGUUUAACUCAAAUGUCCAAUGCCUUUAGCUUUUGCAAUUUUGUGUACUGGUUUAGUAUAUAUGUGUGUAUAUAGAUCUGUUUUUAUAACCAAACACAGAUGGCUUGAGCCAUUUUGUACUUAAAGCUGGAGGCCACUUUUCUCAUAGGAAUUCCUCUGUGGGUUUUGCCAGCCCAGUCAAUGUCUUCAUACACUGGUACACUUUGUAAGUACAGGUCUGCGCCUUGUGUUCCCUACACUAUCUUGUAGUCAAAUGUACAAAAUUUAGCAUUAGAAUAAUUUUAACAGUUUGCUACUCACACUUAUUUAUUUUUCUGCCCCUUUGCUUAAUGAUUUUUUUUUUUCUAUUUUGCCAUUUUAAGGAGUACCAUUUUAUGAAAUAGGAUGAUUUAAAUGAAUCGGGGUUGUUCAUGAUGAGAUUUCAUUGUAAGUAGUAAUUAAUAUUAAUUCUAACUUGAACGAAUCCAGGGUAAGAUGAGUUGUUUUUUUGUUUUGUUUUGUUUUUUGACAUUCAGUAGGAAGAUGUUAACACUUGCAUGUUUCUAUUUAAAUAAAAAUGUAUAAAUUGUAAAUAUAACAUUUCUUUAAGGGUGAAUUUCUACUACAGGUUGACAUUUUUAUUGAAAUUUAAAACUGCUGUAAAUACAUUUGUGAGAUACUUUAUGCACAUUUUUUUUCUUCUCUGUGGGCUUUUGUGUUCUCCUUCUUCCAAGCUGUUACAGAUGACAUCCCAGUCUCUUAACACUGUAUAUCAAAUUGAUUUCUCAGUCCUUUUCUUACUGUGCUCGUAUUCUUUGUCUCCUGCUUCACUGUCUCUCAGUAUCAUGGUCGCCACAUAAUCAUUAAUUAAUCUGUCUCUAGAUCCAAGUGCGAAUAUUUUGUCUUCUCUGUAUUUGAUAUGGAGGUGUGUACUUUUCAUGAAAUGUAUAUUGUUGAUCUCAUGGGAUGGAUGGAUGGUGUGUACAGUCUGUUAUGUAAAACCACGUCUGUUUUGUCCUCAUGGGAGAGAUGUAUUUACUAUUUGUCCCUUUUGAACAAUUGGUCCAACAUGUCUUUUGAAACAGAGGUAUUUCUCUACAGGUCAAAACAGUUGUAGCAGUUUAUACAGUAUGUUGUAUAACACCUUUUUUCUAAAAGUUGUCUCUAAAGUGAGACCAGCAGCAUACACUAUGUACAAUAGUCUAAAUUGGAUUAGUUUUAAGAGAACUGAUGAUAGAGAUACUAUAUAUGAUGGAUGCAAUAUGAUUAAAGGUACUCAUUGAGUUUGAUCUUCAAACUUAGGUUACGUAAUUUAAAAGCAUUCUUGUGAAGUGAGUAUUAAUUGUGACUAAUGAGAGUCUGUCCUGACUAUUCUUUGUAUUUUGCCGUAUUGAGAAUAAAAUAUAUAUGGAUAUGUUUAA